UACGGGCACUACAUCGACGGCGCCGAGGUAGUCGGAGGCCACGAGAUGCUCGAAGUGCGCUCUCCGUUCGACCAGUCGCUGGUCACCACCGUCGCGGCCGCAAAGGCCGCAGACGUGGAUGUGGCGGUUGCGGCGGCGGCGGCGGCGUUCGCCGACGGCCGAUGGUCGGGCCUGCAGCCCCGCCAGCGAGCUCGCGUGCUGCUCAAGACGGCACAGCUGCUGACCGACGAGAUUGGCUGGCUCGCCGAGGCGGAGAGCCGGCAGACAGGGCGGUGUGUGCGUGAGAUGCGCGCGCAGCUGGCGCGACUGCCAGAGUGGCUCGAGCACUUUGCGGCGCUGGCGCAAGGUAUGGAAGGGCAGGUGCCGCCCUUCUCCGACGCGAAGCACCUCAACUAUGUUCGCCGCGUGCCGCUCGGCGUGUGCGCGCUGAUCACGCCGUGGAACCACCCGCUGCUGAUCGCGCUCAAGAAGAUUGCGCCGGCGCUCGCCGCGGGCAACACGGUGGUGGUGAAGCCCUCCGAGCUGGCGCCCGUCGCCGUCCUCGAGCUCGCCCGCAUCUUCACCGCCGCCGGCCUGCCGGCGGGCGUCCUCAAUGUCGUGUGCGGCCUCGGCGCCGUGGCGGGCAAGGCGCUCGCUGAGCACGCGACGGUGGCCAAGCUCGACCUGACGGGUGGCACCGAGACGGGCAUGCUGGCGGCGGCGGCGGCUUCGCGCAACCUGGCGCGUGUGUGCAUGGAGCUCGGCGGCAAUGCGCCUGUCCUCGUCUUUGCCGACGCCGACCUCGAGCAAGCCGUCAACGGCGCGGCUUUCGGCGCCUUCGUCGCGAGCGGGCAGACGUGCAUCUCCGCGAAGCGCGUGCUCGUGCAGGAGGCGCUGCUGCCCGCCUUCCGCGAGAGGCUCGUCGCCAAGGCGAAGGGUAUCGUGCUCGGCGACCCGAUGGCGGCCGGCACCCAGAUGGGCCCGCUCGUCUCGGAGCUUCAGAUGCGGCGCGUGUUGUCCCUGGUCGAGACCGCGGCGCCGCAGGGCGCGACGCUCCUGUGCGGCGGCGUGCGGUCGAGCGCGGCGGGGUGCGAGGCGGGCUGGUUCGUCGAGCCGACCGUGAUUGGCGACGUGCAGCCGCACUUCAGUUGCUUCCAGGAGGAGAUCUUCGGGCCGUGCGUCACGCUGGUCGGUUUUGCAGACGAGGCGCACGCUCUAGCCCUCGCCAACGACUCGCGCUUCGGGCUCGGCGCUGCGGUCUGGACGCGCGACGUCGCUCGUGCGCACCGCGUCGCACAGGGCGUGCGCGCGGGCAUCGUGUGGGUCAACGCGCACCACCGCAACGACCCGAGCUCACCGUGGGGCGGGUUCGGCCACUCGGGCGUCGGACGCGAGAACGGGUGGGAGGCGCUGCACGAGUACACCGAGACGCAGUCCGUCGUCGUCUGCCUCGACGACACACCCUUUGACUGGUUUGGCGGCGCCGAGCGGUACAACUGAGCGCGGGCACCAUCUCUUCAGGGGUCCGCGUUACUUUUCUCUUCUUGGUCUGGGUCUGGGACUCUGGUCUCAUGUACACUGAGAUAGCGCCGGUAGCCCUCUGGUACAGCGCUAGUACGUACUGAUGGCGCGUGCGUGUUGCGUCCGGCCGCGUGUGCCCCCCCACACAGGCGACGCAGGGCCACAACAUUCCGCUGCGAGGGAGCUUCGCUCGUUUGUUGUUGAAUUUUCUUGACAGCGUAUGAGCGACAGUUUUGGACCAUUAAGAGUUGCACUUGAGUUGC